AUGGCUCAACUCGAUAUUGUACAGGACAGCAAUGAAGACUUUACCCCGUAUUGGGUAAGUAAGUUCAGAAAGCAAUUUGACAUCUUUGACGUCAACCAAGACGGGGUUGUAACGGAAGAGGAGCACACUGUUGCGACAACGGAACGUGCUAAACGUGUUUUGCCAUCAUGGAGAGCUAAAGCAGUGUAUGGUGUUAUGACCAUGUCGUAUCACACAUGGUGGUCAAAUGAAUACACCGACUUUAAAACAUUCAUUACAUUUGAUGAUUGGAUCCAAUCUUUUGAAAAGGACAACGGCUAUACGAGUGAUGAGGUAGUCGAAUUUGCUUUGGACUUUUUCCAUAUUGUUGACGUCAACUGCAAUGAAGAAUUAACACUUAAGGAAUACUCCAAAUUUCUUGACAUAUUUCGUAACACGGCUGACAUUCAAGUAAUUUUCCGUGCCAUUGACCGUGAUAGAAAUAACGUUAUUGACGUUAAGGAGUUUUCAUACGGAAUGAAACAUUUUGUCUACGAUGAAGCAGCUGACUCCGCUGCAUACAUUUUUGGGUCUCGGGGUUAA